AGCCGUAACUUUCCUUUCUAAAAAAACACUUCUUCUGAUCAUCUUUUAUUACCUAACAAUCACGCAACAACAAAAUCUCAAUCCCUCUACAUAUAUCACUACCUACUAAAAAACCCUAAAUCUUAGUAUUAAUUCCGCAGCUUCAUUAUUUCCUGUUCACCCAAAAAAAAAACAAAGAAAGAAAAGGUUUCAUUAUUUCCUGUUCACCCAAAAUCCUCUUGACAUCUCCUCCAAUUUCCUUCAGGAAUUUGAUCAGUUUUCAGUGAUUCUCUCCAGUCCUAACUCGCAUCCUCGUAUUUUCUCUACGCCUGAUUUUUGAUAUUGCGAUGAUCAUUCCGAAGAAGCGGCGUCGGCUCGUCAAACUCUCCGAGAUUUCCCCGUAUGGAUGCUCUGCUCCCGAAAGCUUCAACUCGAUUGAACCAAGCCUAAAAAUGAUUGCUGGUUCCUACUAUAUCCCAAAGUACAACGAGUCAAAACCACUAGGAGAAGAUUCCCACUUCAUUUGUGCCGAGAAACAGAUAUUCGGGGUAGCAGAUGGAGUCGGUGGAUGGGCAAAGAAGGGGAUAGACCCGGGUGAAUACGCGAGGGAACUUAUGGAAAGUUCUGUAUUUGCAAUUGAAGAUAAGCCUGAAGGAGGUGUUAAUCCAAUGGUAGUGCUAAAUGAAGCUUUCCUAAAUACUGAGGCCCAAGGAUCAUCAACAGCUUGCAUUUUGACACUAAAAGGCGAUGUUUUGCACGCGGUGAACAUUGGAGAUAGUGGAUUCGUGGUGAUACGAGGCUGGAAAAUCGUGUAUAAAUCACCGGUGCAACAUCGGAGGUUUAACUGUCCACUUCAGCUAGGAAAUUGGAGAGAUAAUCCUAGUAUGGCUGAGGAGCUUAAAGUUGGUGUUAUACCAGGAGACAUAGUUGUAGCAGGAACCGAUGGAUUGUUUGACAACCUCUACGAAUCCGAAAUUGAGGAGUUGGUUUUCCGGGGAAUCCACGUCCAGCGCAAUUUUCCAGCAGAACUGGCUUCCACUAUAGCCAAGUUUGCUCUUAUUAACUCUAUGGACAGGCUUGCUGUUUGUCCUUUUACCAUAGCUGCGCAAGAAGCCGGACUUGAAUUCAUGGGAGGCAAAAUUGACGACAUAACUGUGGUUGUAGCAUACAUUGGAUCAUCUCCAAACUAGGAGCGAUCAUUAAUUUGCACAGAUUAGCUAGUAUUCAGCAAUGGAAGCGUACGUACAUUGGUUUAAGUUGCAUAUUAGAAUCAACUUAUCCAUGCAGAUUGGAUCUUCAUCCUGAGAAGUUGUAGAAAGUAGUAAUUGUACAGAUUAGCUUCAUCAAUGAAUGAAUCCAGUUGGUUUUGAAAUGUAGUACUACUAUAAGAUUACAUU